GUUGCGGCCGAUGACGGAGAAUGCACGGUGAGGGAGCAAGAUCGCUUCAUGCCCAUCGCCAACGUGAUCAGGAUCAUGCGCAAGAUCCUGCCCCCACAUGCCAAAAUCUCCGACGACGCCAAGGAGACCAUCCAGGAAUGCGUGUCAGAGUACAUCAGCUUCAUCACCGGCGAGGCCAACGAGCGAUGCCAGCGCGAGCAGCGCAAGACCAUCACCGCCGAGGACGUGCUGUGGGCCAUGAGCAAGCUGGGUUUCGACGACUACAUUGAGCCGCUCACGCUCUACCUGCACCGCUACCGCGAGUAUGAUGGCGGCGAGCGUGGCUCCCUCCGGGGCGACCCCUUGCUUAAACGGUCAAUGGUUGAUCCAGCGAGCUACCCACCGUUUGUGCCGCCAUUCCCGGUGGGCCACCACCAUGCUUACUUUGGGUUUCCACCGCCGAUGAAUGGUGGUGGGUACCUGCAGAGGGAUGAAUCAAAUGCAGGCACUUCCCAGUCUGCACCUGCUGCUAAUAUCGACCCUUACCCCCACUGCAAGGAGUAG